GACCUCAAACUCCCCCCCCGGUUUUCGACUUUUCCGUGAACCAGAACGUAGCAAAUGUUUUGUGCGUUUUUUAAUUUCAAAGUUACGUUCAACUUCUAAAUUCCUCAUCAUCAUCUAUUAAAGCAAGAAUGGCAACAGAAACACCAGAAAGACAAAGAGUCGUUCUGAUUCCCGUCGAUGCAAGUGAACUGUGCGAACGAGCAUUCCAUUGGUAUGUGGAGAAUAUGCAUCAUAAAGGAGAUAAGAUAAUUAUCUUUCAUUGUCAUGAAUUUCAUCCACCUUCAUUUCCACAUUCUUUAGAAAGUGUUGAAUGGAAGAAACUUGUUGAUGAACAUGAAGGAAAACUAAAGGCCCUUGAGGAUAAAUACAAGGCAAAAUGUGAAGCAGAACAAAUUUCAACAAGAAUCUUAAUUCAUGGUGGCCAUGUUGGGCCAGCAAUUGUCAAGUGUUCUGAAACAGAGAAUGUCACUUCAAUUGUGAUUGCAAGUCGUGGUCAUGGUACACUAAGAAGAACUGUGUUAGGAAGUACCAGUGAUUUUGUCCUGCAUCAUGCCCAUGUUCCUGUUAUAAUUGUGCAUAAAGACAAAUGACAAUUCUGCAUGCUGAUGACUUGAAAGACAUUUGCAAUAUCAUGUAAUUCAUUUAGACUCCAAAAAUAAUCAUAAUUAAA